GAGUCUCUGGCUCAGUGGGGCCAGAGGAACCAGAGGAACAUGGCGGCUCCGGCCCUGGACGCCUCCGACGCCGCUCCGUCCCGCUGAUGACCCGAGUCACGCACCGGACAACACCGACACACGCUCCCCGCACAGCCCGCACAUGGCUCCUCAACUCCCGGACGGUGCAGAUUGAUGUCAAAAUGUAACACUUUGUGGAUAUUUACCCAGGAUGCUUUGCAUAUGAGGUGCUGAUAUUUGCUGAAGAUGAGUAGUGGGAGGGCGGACACCCCGGAGCCCCCCAGAGGGGGCGAGUCUCUGAAGAGGAAGGACUGUCAGUCGGACCUCCUGGGACCCAGCCCGAAGAGGAGCAACCGGGAGCAGGAGAACAAAUACAUCGAGGAGCUGGCAGAGCUGAUCUUCGCCAACAUCAACGACAUGGACGACCUGAACGUCAAGCCGGACAAAUGUGCCAUCCUCAAAGAGACGGUGAAGCAGAUCAGGCAGAUCAAGGAGCAGGACAAAGCUCCGGUGGCGGAUGCUGAGGAGGUGCAGAAGGCCGACGUCUCCUCCACGGGACAGGGCGUCAUUGAUAAGGACGCUCUUGGGCCCAUGAUGCUCGAGGCCCUGGACGGCUUCUUCUUCGUGGUCAACGUGGAGGGCAACAUAGUGUUUGUCUCGGAGAACGUGAGUCAGUAUCUGCACUACCAGCAGGAGGAGCUGAUGAACACCAACGUCUACAGCGUGCUGCACGUUGGGGAUCACGCCGAGUUCAUAAAGAACCUGCUGCCAAAGAGCAUGGUGAAUCAUCGCAGCGGUGAUCCCUCCAACAGGAACAGCCACACCUUCACCUGCCGCAUGUUGGUCAACCCCCACGUGGACGGAGAAGAUCAGCCGACCUCUGACCAGCAGGACGCGGCGCAGCAGAAGUACGAGACCAUGCAGUGUUUCGCUGUGUCCGAACCCAAGUCUAUCAAGGAAGAGGGGGAAGAUUUCCAGUCUUGUCUCAUCUGCGUGGCAAGAAGAGUCCCGGUCAAAGAGAGACCUGUGAUGAAGUUCACCACACGGCAGGACCUUCAAGGUAAGAUCACAUCGCUGGACACGAGUCUACUGCGGGCAUCCAUGAAGCCGGGCUGGGAGGACCUGGUGCGACGCUGCAUUCAGAGGUUCCACCUGCAGAACGAAGGGGACAUGUCCUUCGCCAAAAAACACCAGCAGGAAGUGUUGAAGAACGGCCAAGCGCUCAGCCCCAUGUAUAGAUUCUCCCUGGCAGACGGAACCACCGUCUCAGCCCAGACCAGGAGCAAGCUGGUCCGAUCUCCCACCACCAGUGAGCCACAGCUCUACAUGUCGCUGCACAGCCUGCAGAGGGAUAAUGUUGGUGGAAUGACCACGUAUGCACCAGGCGGGCAGGUCGUGGUCAAGCCAAUGACCCCAACCAGUGCGAGUGGUCCCUCCGCUUCCCCUGACGCCAGUGUCACCAGCAACACCCACCACUCCAUGUCAGCCCCCAGCACCCCUGGACGGGGUUUCGGGGCUGUAUCGGGUCGGGCGACCACGCCUCAGGGGAACAGCCACGGACUCAAGCUGGGCAGCCCCUCUGCCCAGGGAAGCCCCAGCGUCAGUUCAGGGGCCCAGGGUGCAAUGCUGUCUCCUCGUCAUCACCAGAGUCCCGGCAUUCCGGCUAGCAGCAGCAGCUGUAGUAGCCCUCACCUCCCCCAGCACCCCCCUGGUUCCUUCUCUCCUGUCGCCGGCCUCCACUCGCCCGCAUCCGUGUGCAGCAGCACCGGAAACAGCCAAGGGUUCAACUCCCUCAGUGCCCUGCAAGCCCUCAGCCAGGGCCACAGGGUCACCCAGGGCCUCACAGAGGGCCAGCAUCCAGAUUCACCUGACAGAAAGCUGGCUGGCCUGCAGAGCCCUCUUCACUGCAGCAGCACAGGAAGUAGCCAGCUAGCGAAGAACCAUCCCAGCUUAGAGGCUGACUUGUUUGGGACUUUUGGGGAGCAGCAAGACUUGUUGUUGUCCCAAAACCAGGAAGGUGAGCAGGGGGAAGACAAAGACGGUGACCCUGACAGCUUCGACAGUAAUGGAGGUGAGCUCGGCGACGCCACAAACCGCCUUCUCAACACCAAAGGGCACACGAAGCUGCUCCAGCUCCUCACCACUAAGUUAGAACCCUCUGACCCCGGCUCACCACCGGGGGCCCUCAGGGACGAGCAGAACUGCAAGGACCCGCUGAGCAGGGUCGGGGGUGUCGGUGGGGCUGGGCAUAACAACUACUCCACUUCAUUAAAGGAGAAGCACAAAAUUCUCCACCGGUUGCUGCAGAACAGCACCUCGCCUGUGGAGUUGGCCAAGCUGACGGCGGAAGCUACCGGAAAAGACGCCAUUGGUCCCGAGUCCGCUUCGGCGGACAACAUGGCCUCACUGGCUGAACUCUGCAUUAAGCAGGAGCCGGGCAGCCCCAAAAAGAAAGACAAUGCGCUGCUACGCUAUUUGUUGGACAGGGACGAUAACGGCAUCCUGGAUAAAGCCACGAAGAUGGAGCCUGGCGAUGGACCUAAGCUGCCCAACAUUAAGACAGAGAAACAGGAAGUGGGUUUCAACAUGGCGGACCAGGCCAGUGAACUUGAGGACCUUCUGGAGGACCUGCAGAGUGGCGGCCAGCAGCAGCUGUUUGGAGCCCAGCCACCAGCUAGAGGACCACCCUCCUCUUCGUCCUCUUCCUCCUCGGUGCCGCCCGGGUCCUCGGUGGACAAACAGACCAUCAUCAGCGAUAUCCUACACAUGAGCGACAACAGCGGCGGCAGCAGCAGCCCCCCCAGCCAGCACAGAGCCUUCCCUCCCAUUGGCCCAGCAACAGGUUUCAGUGGAGCCAGGCCGGGCCCCCCGGGUCGAGCUGCUCCCCCUGUCAGGAGCAUGUCCCUGGACGGCAGCAUGGGCACCAACCCCAACGCCGCCAGGCCUUUCCCUCCUCAUCACAGGAACAUCAGCCCCUACACCUUACUGCAGCAUCAACAGCAGCAAGGCAUGAUGGGAAGUCACGCAGGCAUGGCCAACCAAGCUGCGAUGGCCAACUCGGGCAUGCUGACAAAUGGGUCGAUGCGAGGCUCCAUGCAGCAGGGCUGGGGCCCCCAGGGGCCAAUAGGGGGUCCCCAGGGGCAGAUGAUGGGCCAGGGGAUCGGACCUGGGCGCAUGGUCCCCACCAUGAACACUGGGCUCCCCACGAGAGGCCCCCCUGGAUCCAGAGCAAUGGUGAACAUGCAGAUGAUGGGAAAUGAGAUGGAGAUGGCGAACCCUUCCUACCCUCAGCAGCAAGCCCCGCCCAAUCAGACGGCACCGUGGCCAGACCGAAUGAUGAUGGAUCACUACGGAAACCAAAGCAGGUACGGCGUUCCACAGGCGGAUGGGAUGGGGUGUUGCUCCAUGGGGCCCGAGGGCCAGCCGGACGAAGGGGCCCUGCUGAACCAGCUGUGCUCGGUGCUAAAGGACUAUGAGGGUCUGGAGGAGAUUGACAAGAUGCUGGGAAUCCCAACGCUGGCCAGACAGGCUCCUCUGUCAGACCAGGACAGUAUGAAGCCUCCCCAGUACAGCCAACACUACGGCGGGCAGCCAGGUUAUGGCGGCAUUCCAUCUGACGGCGGGUUCCACGGACCCUCUAUGGUUGGCCACAUGGGGCAGCAAAGGAUGCCACCUGCUGGUUACCCCCCAAUGAUGAGGAUGCCUGGGGGUGUGGGGCCCAGGCAUGCAGGAAUGAGGCCAGGGGCUCCCAGUGCAGGAGUGCCACCUCAGCCCAACAACCUGAGGCUCCAGCUGCAGCACAGACUCCAGGCCCAGCUGAACCGUCAGCCGGUGGGGAACCAGAUGAGUGGAGUCUCCAACAUGAAUCUACCUCUAAGGUCUAACGUACCAAACCAGGGAACCCUCAACGCCCAGAUGCUGGCCCAGCGUCAGCGCGAGUACCUCAGCAACACCCUGCGCCAACGCCAGCAGCAGCAGCAGCAGCAGCAGCAGCAGCACCUGCACCACCAGCGUGCCAUGAUGAUGCGGACUCAGGGCAUCAACAUGCCACUCAACAUGCCCAGCGGGGGCGCCGCGCCCACGCCGAUGCCCAUCGGCGGCACCAACCCGCGUCUCCCGCAGGGCAACCCGCAGCAGUUCCCCUACCCGGCCUCCAGCUACGGUACUGGCCUGCCCUCUCCUCCUCCACCUCCUCAUCCCAGCUCCUCCAGCCCCUUCUCCUCCUCUCUCUCCCCCAGCCGUCAUCUGACUAGCCAGGGCAUGAUGGGAAAUGUAGGCGGGCAGUACGGCGGGGUAAUGAGUCCGCCGGCUCAGCACAGUGCCUUCCAGUUCAGCAGUUCAGGAAUGAGCCAACAGCAGCAGCACCAGGAUCCAGUGUCAGGCUUCUCCUGUGGGGCUGCGACCCCUCAGAGCCCCCUGUUGUCCCCCAGGAUGGGGCAGGGUCAGAGCCCCAUGCUGCUGCAGAGUCAGGGCCAACCACAACCCCAACCCCAGGGCCCGAACCAGGGAGGACCCCCCAGCUACCAGCCCAGCACAGACCUCAACGGGUGGCCCCAGCCUGCCAACAUCUCCACCAGCAACAGCGUGUACCCACAGCAGUCCCAGUCCCAGUUCUCCACACAGCCCAACGCAGGAAUGUACAACGGCAACAACCACAGCAUGAGCCUGGGAGUCCUGGCCGGCAACGGUGGCAACAUGAGCCAGAUGUCAGGACAGAUGAGUUCCAUGACGCCCAUGAGCACAGAGCAGGUGAGUGACAACAGCCUGAUCUUGGAGCAGCUGUGUCAGGAGCUGACGCAAGACGAUGACGCCAAUUCUAACUUUUGCUGACCCCUGCUGAGGCAACGGGUCCGAAACACCAGCUUCAGCUCGUGAAGAAACGAGGAGCGGGAUGGAAACCCUGCUCCCGCUCUCACUCGUGAUGGACGCUCACAUGGUGACAUGAUGUAAAAACCCUCUGAACCGCAGCCACUUCACUUUGGCUCGUUCAGAAAAUCAGACAUUAUGAGGAAGCUGCCGUCUGAGCCAUCCUAACAGCAAAUACACAAACUGAAGAAUCACAGAAAUUGUCACAGCGCAUUCAGGUUUUUAUGAUUUAUUCCUUAAGUUAUGAGAUAAUAUAUACGCGUCCGUAAAUUCGGAUUCCAGCUGGAGUCGGAUGAAACGAAAGCAGAGCAUCCAUUGUUAUCUUCACUAACUCCUUCAUUUUAAGUUAAUGUCAACUAAACACUGGGAUUUAUUAAGAAACAUUUCAUUUUUUUUUUAAAUAAAAGGAAACAUGAUAAACACUGAAAUACAAACAGAGACAGGUUUUGCUGUUAGCAUGUGCUCUGAUCAGAUGAAUGUAUUCCUAAACUUUUACCUGUGGGUCUCUCAAGUCUCUGAAGCAGUGUGUGUGUGUGUGUGUGUGUGUGUGUGUGUGUGUGUGUGUGUGUGUGUGUGUGUGUGUGUGUGUGUGUGUGUGUGUGUGUGUGUGUGUGUGAGCGAGAGACUGAAACCAUGUCCCAGAUUGACACUGGAGAAGUGAACGAUCGACAAGCAUAAACAAAACCUCUUGAUUUUAACAUUUAUGGUUCUAUUUUCGAGCCCGACUGAAAGACGUCAAAUUAGACGGUUUCUGAAAAAAAAAAAUAUUUUAAAAAGAUAUUUAUAGUUUUGAAGGAAAUUUUUAGAGAUUAUUUGUAUGACAUGAAAAAGAAAAUCAAGGAUAUCUUUCUUCAAAGUGAAAUCUCUCAGAAUGGUACAUUUUGAUGUCGAUUUUAAUAUAAUUAAUAUAUUUCAACUGCUGUAGUUACUGGGGAGCUGUAUCCCUGUUUAAUGACUUUUUGAAUGAAGGUAAAUGUGUAUAGAUAGUGUACAUACUUAGAUUUAUAAAAAAAAAAAAAACAUUUUCCCCAGAGUGGUAAAGCAAAGCAGCAGACGAGAAAUCAUUUCACAGGUUGAAUUAAACCUCAGUGGGGGACUCAGCUAACCUUAGCAUUAGCAGCUCCAAGCUUUCUGGUUGAAGAGCAGAUUGUUUUAUGAAUAUACGUAAUAUUUCUUUUUCUCUCCUGGUCGGCCGCUUCGGUUCGGAAUGACACAGCUUCUCGGCUCUUUCGUCGUCAGGUGAAAAGUCAGACUCGUGCAGUUUAUGACAAACAAAACCGCUCUUGCUGCAAAUGACAACGCUCUGAACUAAGAUGGUGUCCGGGAGUAAACGCCGCUUAACGCCAUCCUGUUGUUUGUGCGUUCGCUUCGCCCACUGAGAUUUUUUUCCACUGUGAUCAUUUCUGCCUCCGAAGCAGCUUUGCCUCGACACAACGUGUGUGUGUGUGUGUGUGUGUGUGUGUGUGUGUGUGUGUGAAACUAAUAAAAAACUCUUAUUUGAAAUGAGCCUUUGUGGUGGCGACGCACUGGCAGGACUCACUCUUAGAAUUGCAAGCUGAAGGAGAAAAGUUGUGAAGUUGUGUGUCGGUUUGUUGUGUGUCGGCUGCGAUCUUUGAACGACGACACAUUCUCUUCGUGCCCGUGAACCAUCGACUGCAAAUAAAGACGGACGAUGUUUCCUCCUGUUGUACAAAAAAUGAAGCCAAAUCGUGACGCGUGAUUAAAACUUGCUAAACUAACAGAAAAAUUUAUUUAACAUACUAAGUACUUUGGCUUAUUAGUUUGGUCCAUUUCCCAUCUGCUAACAUGGAGGAGGUGGGGUCACCAGGGGGCGAUCGGGAGGAUUUGGCUUCACUUUUCGUAGCUGUCGUGUCGUCCAUCUUUUAUUGUGGGGAUACUUGAACUGAACCAAUUUAAAAGGUGCUGACUCACACGAGCCUGUAAAACUCACUGUAACCACGACACACGUGGAUUUAUUGAAAUCUGCUGUGAACGAAUGAUUCUAUGAAAAGUCCUGAACGUCAAACUCGUCAUUACACGUCGAUGUAAACUCAUUUUGACUGAUAGGCUAUUUAUUUUUCUUUCUCUCUCGAUUCAUAGAAACAUUUGUGAUCAAUUGCAAAAAUACUGUAAUGCAUGUAUGUACCUGAAGAUGCUAAAGACGUAGCGUAAGGCCUUAGCGAUGUGGUUGUUGUAUGUGUCCCACGCGGCUCAGUGAGUGUUUGACCACUUCAUACUGUAGAUGUAAAAAUUACACAACCAGGAAUUUGUAUCUUCUCUCCCAAGAAACGACACAAACCGAAUUAACUCGAAAUUAUGACAAUACUUUGUUCGCAUUUUGUUUAGAAAAUAUUACUGCAGCUUAGAGGAAAGUCAAAAUGCUCUGCUGUGGUUUCUGAGAUUUCACUUCAACAACCGUUUUGUGUAGGGAUGAAUAUCAGCAUCACAGAUUUUCAGAAAAAGCUCCAAACAAAUGUAAAAAUGAAGAUGUGUCCUAAAUACAAGCAUCUGAAUUUAAUCUAAAAGUGAAAUCUAAUAUUUCUUUUGUGCUGUAAUGUUUUUAGAAAAUAUUCUUAAUACGCCCUUUUUUUUUGUGUGAUUAUUCUCCGAGGCUUGAUUCCUCAGGAUCCUGUUUUUAGAACCAGUUUUGAUUUGAGGUGUUUCUCAGUAAAAUGUAUAUUUCAGAGCAAAAGGUCAAAGUGUGAGAAGAGUCUGAGUUCAAAGAUCAGUGUCUGCAGGUUUUCAGGAGGUUGUCGGUUCAGUUCUUUACUCAGAGUGAGUGUGUUAUUAUGCAAAAGUCCAGACGUUCACACCACUUUAUGCAAGCUGUCCCCACUAAUGUUGCUUUUGCCAAUGCUACUCGUUAAUUUAUGAUUCAUGCCACUGUAAAUAAAUUAUUUUUAUGGA